UGACUUUUUUUGAGGAUCCAUGACACUAUUAAUUGACAUGAAUGUCUACAGACAGAAUCAAAACAAACUUUUCCUAGACCUAAAUUUUUUGAAGAAAUAGGUGAUCACGAAGUUAACCUUGCCCAGUUGCACACCCAAUUAUUCCAAUCAAAACAUAAAAAUCCACCCAAAAUGGGUCUUUUUGGAAAAUCGCCUCAGAGAAACCCAAAAGAUAUGGUCACCGAAUGGAACCACAAAUUAAGAAAAGAAGGAUACCAAUUAGAUCGACAAAUUACCGCUAUUAAAAGAGAAGAAGAAAAAGUGAAGCGCUCCCUGAAAGAAGCGGCAAAAAAGGAUGAUAAAGAUACUUGCACUAUACUAGCCAAAGAAAUCCUUAGAGCUAGAAAGGCAGUAAACAAAAUCUACACAUCGAAAGCCCACCUCAACUCGGUAAUGUUACAAAUGAAAAACCAAUUGGCAACUCUACGAGUUGCAGGCUCUCUACAAAAAUCCACAGAAGUGAUGCAAGCAAUGCAGUCGCUCAUCAGAAUCCCUGAAGUGGCACACACUAUGCAGGAAAUGUCCAAAGAAAUGAUGAAAGCGGGUAUAAUUGAAGAAAUGCUUGAUGAAACUUUUGAAGACAUUGAAGACACUGAGGAAAUGGAAGAGGCAGCACAAUCUGAGGUGGACAAAGUAUUAUUUGAAAUUACAGAGGGUAAAAUUGGGGAGGCUCCAUUGCCUCCAUCAGAACCAGCGGAGAGAGUUAAAGAAGCUGGCCCUAGUGUUGAGGAAGAGGAUGAAACAGAACUUGAGGAUAUGCAGACUAGGUUAGCUGCAUUAAAGUCAUAAGUUGGUGACUACUUUUCUGUAAUUAAUUGGACAGCGAUUAGCAAAAACAGGACUAACCAAAGAAUGCUUCUAAAUGUUUUUAACCCCACUCUCUUAGUGAAAGAAAUUUACUAAAUAUUUUUUAAACAACAGCAAAUGUGAUAGCAUAUUUUAUAUUUAUAGAGUUAAAAAGAGUUUGUAAUAAUUAUGAUUAUUAUAGGGCAAAGUUGCAAACAUUUUUUUUUUUUCAAGAACUUGUUUGCAACUUUGAAAAAUGUCCAUGUAACAGGUUAGAUCCUAGCUUUUUACCUACCUACAUUUAGGUAAUAACUGCACCUACUACCUACCUAUUUGAACUCCUAAUUUUGAAAACAGAUUUGUCUUAACAAACUCUUUUCCACCAAACGCAGUUUGUAAAGCACCGUCAAGAGGAAAUACUUCUUUUCUCAAUGCAUCUUUGACCAAAUUUUUGGGGUUUACUUGCGAUGGCAAUAGUUGAACCAAGUCAGGUUUGUAAGCUGUUAAAUAUUGCCAUAUUGCAAAGUAAUUUUCAAAAUCUGAUUGGAAACCUAAAAGAAAUUAAAAAAAAUUAGGCUGUUCUGCUUAAUAAUAAAGUAUUAACAAAGAUAAUUAUUGUGUUUACACAAAAAAUUUUAGAAGAAAAUUUAUAUAUUGAUGUAUUUAUGUAUUAUAAUUUUUUACAUUCUAAUUGGUGUGUUUCAACAAGAAUUUUCCUAUAAAUUAUAUAAUAAAAAGUAAUUUCUGCUAAGUAUUGUGGCUGGAACACACCUACUUAUUGUUUUUAUAUUUUUAGGCUUUUGUACAAAAUUGAUAAUUAUUGUUCGCUUUUUUCCUUAAUAAAACUAUUUAUUUUUUAUGUAAUUUACCUUUAUCCAAAAUGUGCGUUACAUAAGUUUCAUUCAAUGCCCUUGAUAAUAUGUCGAUUUUGCAAAUAUCGAGAAUGCAAAGGGCAGCUGCAAAUCGAAUCCAAAUAAUUUCCCUGCGAUUUGCUGUUGCCAAGUUUUUCGCACUACUCAUCCAACUUUUCAAAUUGUCCCAAUGAGCCGGACGGUAAUCGGUAAGGACCAUGUUUACAACAAUACUGUAAAUGUCGGCUGCAUCUUGUUCAGUUUCAGGAUUUAAGUGAAUGUAGUUUGCAGUGUAGUCUAACAAACGUU